AUGUACCCGGGGACACGACUAAGAGGAGGUCCAAGAGGUUUAUCGGAUCACUGCCCGUUGAUUAUGGAGGAGAGCAGAACAUUUGAUGGCCCAAGACCUUUUAAAAGCCUGGACUCGUGGUUCACGCAUGAAGACUUUCUAAGGAUGGUGAAGGAAGAAUGGAGGGAGUUAGGUGAUAUACAAUUCCUAGACAAGAUGAAAGCGCUGUCAGUUCCAGUUCGGAGAUGGCACAAGCAGCAUUUUGGGAAUAUAAUUGAGAGGAUAAGAAAGUUUGAAGAAGAGAUCAAGAAGGUGGAUGAUAUGGUGAGUAGUGGAUCGUAUGAUGGUAUAGUGGAGACAAGAAGAAGGGCGUUAGUGAGGUGCUAUGAGAAGUGGUACGUGAGACAGGAUAUCCACUGGAAACAAAUGUCGAGGGCUCAGCAUGCUAAAGAGAUGGAUAGGAAUACUAAAUAUUUUCACAAUAUUGCUUCGGCAAGAAGAAGAAAUAACAGAAUAGAGUCAUUGGUGAUUAAUGGAAGAGUAAUAAGGAAUCAGGCAAGAAUAAAUGUGGCGAUUCGAGACUUCUAUAAACGCCUUUACCAUCAGGAAACCUCCCCAGCAGUGAGCUUUAGAGAUGGCUUAGUAAACAGACUGGAGAGGGAGGAAGCUGAAGUCUUAGAGGUGAUGCCAUCAGUAAAGGAAGUGAAAAAUGCAGUAUGGGACUGUGAAUCUUCAAAAGCUCCAGGAAAGGAUGGGUACAACAUGAAUUUUAUUAAAAAGUGUUGGGGGAGAUUGGAUCGAAAUUCACCACAGCGGUGA